CGACCGGAGUGACAAAAUGCGGGCUGUUUUACUCGUGAAAAGUCGCCGAGGCAGAAAAGAGGAUCGAUAGAGAUCCACGCGCGCGAGGAGAAAGUUAUUACAUAUAUACCUACCGGUAUUCACGUCCGCCUGAUUGCCUGCCUAUUUUGCCUGAGCACCUGCCAGCGCGCGUUCGCUCGUCUUGGCUGUCUGCCUGUGCCUGCCUCUACCUGCCUGCCUGCCUGGCCUACUCGUCCGCUGUCAUUGCCGCUGCAAUCCGAUUCUUUUAGUUCGAUCAUCUCUCUCAGCAUUCAAUAAGGUGCAAAUUCGGCGAAGAGAUGGUGGAGGUGCUCUUGGAUCGAAUCGAUGGCCAGGAGGUGACCAUCGUCGAGUCGGACUGCAUACCAGAAUCGCCGACGGAGAAUUCCCCCAUAAACGAGAAGUUGUCGCCGAUCCAGGAGUUUUACAAUGGCCAGAGUAUCUUCAUCACCGGCGGCACCGGUUUCAUGGGCAAGCUGCUCAUCGAGAAGCUCCUCAGGACGUGUCCCGGAGUGACGUCGAUCUAUCUGCUGGUGCGCCCGAAGAAGGGCAAGGACGUGCACCAACGAACCGAGGAGAUCUUUGACGAUACGGUAUUUGCAAAGCUCAGAAACGAACAGCCCAAAUUCCGGCAUCAGAUCGUCGCCAUAGCGGGCGACUGCAGUCAACCGAAUCUCGGAAUAUCCGCUCAAGAUCGGGCCACCCUCAUCCGGGAAGUUUCGAUUGUUUUUCACGUCGCGGCUACGGUCAGAUUCGACGAGAAGUUGAAGUUAGCAGUGCCCAUAAACGUGAGAAGUACGAGGGACGUUGUAAACCUCUGCAAGGAGAUCAUGAACUUGAAGUCUUUUAUACACGUCUCGACUGCGUAUGCAAAUUGUCCGCAAAGUGUAAUCGAGGAGAAGUUUUAUGACCCGCCAAUGGACUCUGAUAAACUAAUCGCGCUAAUGGAAUGUGUGGAAGACAAGCUGGCUGAAGAUAUCACUCCGCAAUUAUUAGGAAAAUGGCCAAAUACCUACACCUUCACGAAGGCAGUUGCUGAGAACGUGAUCAAGAAGCAAGCUGGCGACUUACCGAUCGGCAUUUUUCGUCCUGCCAUUGUGAUCUCAACAUAUCAGGAACCGACGCGAGGAUGGAUCGACAAUCUGUACGGUCCAACGGGAGUUGCAGCUGGUGCUGGAACUGGAUUACUGCGAUCGAUCCAUUGUGACGGCUCGGUGCACGCGAACGUGGUACCUGCCGAUUUGACAGUCAACGCUCUAAUCGCAUGCGCGUGGGACGUAGCGAACGAUCAAAGCACGAACAACAAAUCGCGAAGUGAGGGUGAGGUUCCGAUUUAUAAUUACGUGGCUACUGACAAUCCGAUAACUUAUGACGAACUGAAGGAAAUGUCAUCGAAAUAUGGUCUCGAAAUUCCCUCCUGCAGAGCGGUUUGGUACUACAGCUUUAGAAAUAAUAAGCACAGGAUAGUGCAUCUCUUUUUCGUAUACUUCUGGCACCUGCUUCCAGCUUUACUUGUCGAUACCGCAACCGUCUGCAUAGGAAGACAACCGAGGUUACUUAAGGUUUACAAGAAGAUACACAAGUUUAUGGAUGUGCUGAAUUACUUUGCAACGCAAGAAUGGAAAUUUACUAAUGACCGGCUACACGAGCUGAUGGAGAAACUCACGUUCAAAGAUCGCGAAAAAUUCUAUUUCGACAUACGAGAUGUCGACUGGAAUACUUACUUUGAGACAUAUAUUCGCGGUAUAAGGAUAUAUCUCAUUAAGGAUCCUUUAGAUACCUUGCCGCAGGCACGUGUUAAAUGGCAAAGAUUAUACUGGAGCCAUCAAGCGCUGAAACUCAUACUGGCUUACAUCGCUAUGAGGCUCUCUUGGACGGCUAUAUCCACGUUCUUCGAUUUUCUUUAUCCGAAAGUGUGACAGAAAUAGUAGGAGCUGAUAAGGCCCGUAAAAAUCCAGGUGAUACAUACAUCCUGAGAUGCGGGACCGAACGGUGGAGGGUGAUAAUCUCGUGUUUUUAAGGAAGAGGGGCGACUAGAUUCUCAAAGAAGCGCGAAACUUUCAUUAGAAAGGUAUGGAAGAAUUAGCGGAGAGCCAUGUCGUUAACCCCAUACACAACAGGCUAAUGCGAAACAGGAAUGUAAUGUAUGAGCGACGUGUGAUAGAGGGAGAGUAGAACAACAACAGAGUUCGAUCGUAUUCUCUGUGGACUUCGACGAUCUUCGCACAGAUAAAAUUGCACGUAAGAUUUAUAAGUAUGCGUUAUCUUGCGUCCAAUGUAGAUUUAUAGUAGCUGAUAUUAUCUGAGAGAAGAAUUUAUAAAUUCGAUGUCUCGUUUCGUACAAGACAUACCAUUUAAUUGUCGAGAUUAAAACGCGACAGUAUGGAAUUAUAUCUCUCGUUUAUUUGCUACAACAACAAUGCAACUCAGAAAACAAAGUUUUUCAGAAAAUAAGUUUUAAUGUUUUGAAUUAUUGAAAUGUUAUAUUAACUUUAAGAUGCAAUAAUUCGUGUAAUAAUUAAUUGAGAGGAAUAAAAGAAUCUUCUUUUUGAAAA